UAAUGUUUUCAAUGCAGUUCCACAAUGUUUUCAAUUCCCAUGAAAACUUUAUGUGUAGUUAUUUGGAGAAAAGCUAAAAAUAUCCCUUUAUAUUAAGGGUAUUAUAAUCGACACUCUCUUUCACCAUACACCGCUGAUUCUCAAUCAAAACUCUAUUCUUCUCCCCCCCCCCCCCCCCCCCCCCCCCCCGCCCCCUCCACCACCACCAAAAAUGAGGUUCACACAAGUAGGUCUCAACCCUACUUCUCCCUUGCUAGAAUUCAAAAUUACGCUGAACAUAACAGAGAUGAAACAUGAUGAAGUGUGGAUACCAAUAGAGGCAAGCAACUACUUUCCCAUCGGCCCAGUGCCAGUAACCAUUACUCAUUGUGGUAAUGAAAAGUCAUAUAGUGCUAAAGUAUACUGCGAGUAUCGAAACAAGAGAAAGAUAUAUGACGGGUGGAGAGAUUUCAUCCGUGACGGGGGUAUUCGAGAAGGAGAUGUUUUAGUCGUUCUGAUCACCUACAGUAAUUUCAGAUCUGUCUUCUUAGAUGCUAAACAUGUAAUCCCUGUGUGAAGUAUUUUUCAGGUUAUGGAAUGAUUUGAAUGUCUUUUAUAAUUCCCCUUUUAUUUAUGAAUGAAAGUGAUAUCUCUACUCCUACUUCCCC